AAUCAGGCGGUAUCUAGUUCAGGCUAUCUCUUACCUCUCUUACGCACAUUCACUCCCACCCACGAAGCUUCCUUCCUCCUUCUUACAUAAACUAGCUCCCUCAUUCACACCGUUACAUUUCACAAACAAGAAUCACCAAACACAACUACAAAAUCAAAAUUUCGGAAUCCAGCUGAUUGAUCAUAUCAUUGCGACAAUGACGGAGGAGGUUUCGUGUUGUCCGCCAAUCUCUUGUCGAUUCGUUCUGGAAAGGUAUUAUCUGGGAUCGAUUUCUUCCUAUUAGGUUUGUUGUUGCUGUUGUGAUAUAGUUGGAUGUCAUUGGAGAAAGGAGUAAAAUUUCAGUUUCAAUGUAUAUUUCACGGAUUGGUUUGAGUCGGAGUUUCCCGCCGCUUUCUGGGGGAUAUAGUGAAAUUCUAGGGUUUAGGGUUGGACAUCGUCUUUCUCUAGCGUCUUCUCCAACACUGCAAUCAGGAGAUUGACAAAUUCAAAUCAGACUCGGUUUUUGUGAAAUGAAAGGCUCGAUUCUCACUGUUUUGUCAAUGGAGAAUCAUCAUCAUCAUCACCCUUCAACGCACUUAUCCAUGGAUUCCAGUGUCUCCUCCUCUCACGAAGAACUCGAUCUCGAGAUGAUGAACAACGGUAACCGCCAAAUCACUCUUUACAAUCCACCAGACAUCAACCUCCCCUUGUCCGUAGGAAGAACCUCCAUGUCGUGGAACUUGGAUUCCUGCGACAACAUUUUAGACGUUGGCCUCAGCCCGCAUGUCUACGAGACCACCGAGACGUUCCUCAACGUGGUGGCUCCCAGUAAAGUCAGUAAAAAAUGCUUGAAACGAGGAGAUAGCAUGUGGGGAGCUUGGUUCUUCUUCAGCUUCUACUUCAGACCGGCGCUGAACGACAAGUCAAAGUCAAAGGUCGUUAGAGAAGCUGGAGGGUGUUUUACAGGGUUUGAUAAAUCUGAUCUCAAGCUCGACGUGUUUCUCGUUCAGCACGAUAUGGAGAACAUGUACAUGUGGGCUUUUAAGGAUAAGCCCGAGAACGCGCUCGGUAAAAUGCAGCUGAGGAGCUACAUGAACGGGCACUCACGUCAGGGCGAGCGUCCGUUUCCCUUUAGCGCGGAGAGAGGGUUUGUUCGGUCCCACAGGAUGCAGAGGAAGCAUUACAGAGGGCUCUCUAACCCCCAGUGUCUUCACGGGAUCGAGUUUGUGGCGUCGCCGAGUCUCUUGUGCGUUAGUGAAGAAGAUAAGAAGAGGUGGAUGGAGCUGACUGGUCGAGAUUUGAAGUUCACUAUCCCUCCUGAUGCUAGUGAUUUCGGCUCGUGGAGAAACCUUCCCAACACGGAGUUUGAGCUGCCUCAUGUUGCGAAACCCGGUUUGAGUAACGGCAAGAAGAUACUUAAUGGUUCGGGAUUGCAUUUGACGAGCAACGCUUCUUUCAGCAGCAAUGGUGACUCGUCAGAAGGAGGGAACAACAGUAAGAAGAGGAAAGAGUUCUUAUCUCCGGGAAGCAGCGAAGAAGAAUGUUGCUUGACUGUUAACAACGUCGAGACCCACCAGCCUGGUUGGGUAAAGGACUUCACUGGAGUGAUGAAGAACGUUCACGGGCCCGCGACUGCGGCCAAGACCAUCUAUGAAGACGAAGAAGCUUACCUGGUCGUGGUAACUUUACCGUUUGUGGAUUUGAACAGCGUGAAGGUCUCAUGGAGGAACAGCAUCACGAACGGAAUCGUCAAGGUCACGGGGUCAAGCACGUCGAGUGCUCCUUUGGUGAAGAGGAGGGAGCGUACUUUCAAGCUGGUUGAUCAGACGGCUGAGCAUUGUCCUCCGGGGGAGUUCAUGAGGGAGAUACAGUUGCCGAGUCGGAUUCCGGAAGAAGCAAACAUCGAAGCGUAUUUUGAUGGGACAGGACCGGUUCUAGAGAUCCUGGUGCCGAAGCUGAGGGGAGGAGUGGAGGAAGAACACGAGGUUAGGGUUUGUCUAAGGCCACACCACCUCGGAGGGGUUAGUGAGCUUAAGUUGACGUGAUGAAAAGGUGUAACAUGUUUUUUUAUGCAUUUUGUACAUUGGGAAAAUAAGCCAAGCAAGUGCAAAUCCCAAGUAACCUAUUGAAAAUUUCUUUUAUUUCUUUUUGGUGUCAGUGUAACUUUUUCACUUAUAUUUUCUUAUGAUCAGUAACCUUGUUGUCA